AUGGACGUCUCUCUCACCUCCCUGAUCAUCUCUGUUCUUGCCCUCACUCUCGCAUCGACGGUCGUCGCGCUCCCUCUCCCGGAAUUCCUUCCCUGGGCGCUCGUGGACACCUUGAUGCCAGGCUCAGGGAUUCCCCAAGCGGUGGAGAAGUUGGGAACAGGAUUCCAGAUGUGCAUUAUUCAGCUAAGAGGCCCCGUGUCUACGACUAGGAUGUUGAGAACAUCGCUGGGACUCUUCUCCAAGGCCAAUGACUAUUGA